AUGGAGCCGGGCACUCCCGCAGGGAUCGAGCCGGGGGAGCGUCCCCCAGGCCAGAGAACCAGUUGCGACGACGACUGCUACUCCUCCUGCAACUACGGGGGCCUCUACGGCUACCGCGGCUACGACUGCGGGAGCUCCUGCGGCUACCGGGGCUACGGGGGCCUCUACGGCUCCCGCGGCCUCUACGGCUUCGGGGACCGCUACGGCUACGGCGGCUUGUACGGCUACCGGGGCCUCUCGGGCUCCGGGGACUGCUACGGCUCCGGGGGGUUCUAUGGGGGCUAUAGGGGAUUCUACGGCUCCGGGGACUGCUACGGAUACCCCGGGUUUUCCUACGGCCGCUACGGGUUCCCCUUCGGCUCCCGCUACGGCCAAAGGUUCGGCUACGGGGGGCUGCUACAGCUGCUGAAGCCGGAGGGAGAGAUCCCGAACCCGUCGACUCACCGGUGGAUGGGGAGCCUGGCAGCGGAGACUCGGGGCGGGCAGAGGUUUGGGGACGAGAGGCUCCGGGGUGCUCCGAGGGCUCUGCGCUGCUGCUGA